UCGUUUUUCUUUAUAGGCCAUCUUAAACAAAAGCCCUUACCGCUCCGCCGAUUCGUGACCGAGUAGGAAAGUAGGUAUACACUAUACCCAAAUCGAUCCUUCCUAAUAUCUCCUCCAGCUCGAGGUAAUUGUUGUUUUCUUUUUUACUCAAUUCCACUCGUUACAAGCUUCUCCGUUUGUGGCGCCUCAGCUGCGAGCAAUGGUACUCACCAACUUCAAUGGAGCUGGCGUCGGAUUCGGUUUUGGUAUCGGUUGUGGAUUCGGCAUCGGAUGGGGUUUCGGAGGAAUGCCUUUGAACUUCUUGGGCCUUGGUGGUGGGUGUGGUGUUGGAUUGGGACUUGGAUGGGGAUUUGGCACAGCUUACGGGAGUAAGUAUCGGUCCUCAAGGAUGAUAUUUCAGGGAAUGGAACUUGACAACAAGGAUCAAAAUCAAAGUUAUGACAGCAAGGACUCAAAAGACUUAUCCAGAAAUUCCAGAAAAGCUUGAGUCUAGUCUCUCCCUUAUUAUUGGCUAGUUUAAGCCUUCAGCAUUAUAAGAGUUUCUUUAAAUCUUUUGAGCUCUUUUUGGAUGGAAUUGAGGUAACAUCUGAUUGUAUAAUUGUACCUACAUUUGAUUGUAUAAAAAUGACUUUUCUUUUGUCGCCUAA